CCGAUUUCUUGCAGAAGGAACAUUUUCCUGACGGAAGAAUUCGAUUAUCGAUCUUCCACGUGAACGUCGCACAGUGAACGGAGCGAGUAUCCGAACGGAUCAAACUAGUUUCGAACUUAUCCGAUGUCUCCGUUUGGGAAACGCGUUCCCGCGAGAACCCGGAGAGUAUCGUCGGUGACUCGUGGUUUAAUUUCGAAAUCGGAGUCGAAUGCUUCUCUCUGCUCGCAUUAGUGCCUCCCGAAAGCGGCGCGUUGGCGGCGUCGGCGACGACGGCAACGACGACGUCGCCGAUCGGAGUACUCUUUCUAUCGAGGAAAAAUAACUUGGACUAAUAGUGAACGCGUCUAUUUUUUGCAGGACGCGAUGCUCGCAACGACAUUCGACGAGCACUCGGCAGCCUGGUGCGGGAUAGUGUUUCGCGCACGGAAUUCCUUGGAUUCGACGCGCGGGACGUCAACGCGGUUCCGAUGUACGUGACUGUCGUGAUCGCCAAGUAUCAUCGGAUAUCGCGAAUCGAAGUGACAUUGCGUGAAAGCCAGCCGUGCGCGAGACAGUGAUGUUCCGUUUUUUAUCACGGUCCAUCCGAAGAAAGGGCGGAUCCAGAAUCUAAAAGGAAGAAUCUGAUCGAGAGAAUUGGUCCGUCGACAUUGCUCCGAGAGCCAGUGGGAAGGAACGAACCACAGAUUGGAUGGUACUUGGAAAAUUAAUCCUCGGAGAACAACCUUCGAGAACGUCCGCAGAUUCUUCGCUGCACCAGGUGCGCCUCCGCGAAAGAUGGUUAUAGUACCGCGCUGUCGUCUUCUACCUCGAUCGACCUGAAGAGAACGACGAAGGAUCUAAAUAGUCGGAGAAGGGAUCCGAGGAUCCGCGAAUCGAUCCUCUCAGCCGUCGGCCGGUGAAUAUCACGGCGCGAGCGGCAACGGUCGUGGGUUGGAUGGUGCCGCGAGGAUUAACCCUCGGCAGGACGACGACACGGGAGCCGGAGCCGGAGCCGGAGCAGCUACGCUUUUACGACUCUCCGCCGCCACGGAUGGACGCGAGCGUGUGCUGUCUGCCCGCCGGUGCCGCGGCCACCACGGGGGUUACGCAGCACCCUCAUCCGGCGUCUCUGCCCGGUUUACCGUCCGCCGUCGGCGUCCAGCCGCCGACGAUCCAGCCGUCCUACGCCGGUCAGUACGCCGCCGAUCAGAUAGUGCCCGAUCGGGCCCAGCCCGACGGACCCCUCGCGACGGUACUCGGAUGCAACGCACAGGACAGCUGGCAGCAGAUCUCGUCGACGGUGUCCACCGGGAUCACCGGAGCUGUCACCGCCACCACCACCGCCUACAUCGACUACUCGUGGCUUCAGAUGCAGCAGACGUCGGACCUGGACACUUUGCUGUGCAGGCAGGAUCUCGAUCGUCUGCAGAGGUUGGACGAGGAUGAAUCGGACGCGAGGGAUGCGCGGGAACCGUCUGUACACAUGGAGGACUUCUUCGAGGUCGGCGGACCUACGGCGGUGUGCCGACCACCGCAGGCCAGUUUCGUUUCCUCCAGGAGUCAGCCGGCCGGCGCCGGUCAGGACGACGACGUCUUCCUCAGGCCGCCGCUCUGGGAGGAUAUCACGUCGAGUAUCCAAAAGUUGGAUCCGGAAAACGCGGAUAUGUUGGGCUCGCAGUCUCACAUAAAAAUGGAGACUGACGACGUGACACCGCCGCCAGUUCUCUCCCCGGUGGAGAUCAAGACGGAACCGUUACCGCCACCGCCGACCUUGCAUCUCCUCGAGGGACCGGCCACAAACCCCUCACAGAAUCCCUUUCCAAAUCCCUCUAGUGUUCAGCACGUCGUACACCAUCGGACGACGACGACGACAACGUUCAAGAGCUUUCCCAACAGCAACAACAAUAAUAAUAACAAUAACAACAGCAGGACUGUUAAUAGUAAUAACACGAGCGGGAGUAAUGCCGGUAGCAAUAACGAUAACGGCAAUGGCGCCAACAGCAACAACAACAGCAACAACAACGGCGGUAGCAAUAGUGAUUCGUCAACGACCAGUCAUCAUCAACCGAGCGGCAACGCGACAUCGCCGCUCUAUGGCUCGAUGACGAGACUGAUGUAUAUUUCGCCGCUGACGCCACCGAUCUCCGAUCCCAGCUCACCCAUCGGCGCCGGUCCACCUAGGCGGACACCGCCACCCCCGUAUCCCCAGCCAGGUCCGAUCCUGAAUCCGGCCCACAGGAUCCAAUCGCAGUCGAUGUCGAACAAAUUCAACAGGCGGAAUAACCCAGAGUUGGAAAAACGCCGGGUGCACCACUGCGACUUCAUAGGUUGUACGAAAGUCUACACAAAGAGUUCGCACCUGAAGGCCCAUCAGCGAAUACACACGGGCGAGAAACCGUAUCAGUGUCAAUGGCCGGAGUGCGAGUGGCGAUUCGCCAGGAGCGACGAAUUGACGCGGCAUUACCGCAAGCACACCGGGGCUAAGCCCUUUAAAUGCGCGGUCUGCGAGCGCUCCUUCGCCAGGAGCGAUCAUCUCGCGCUGCACAUGAAGCGGCACCUCCCGAAGCAGCACACCAAGUGAAGAGAGUACGAGAGUAUGGACAGAGAAAGAGAAAGACAGAGAGAGAGAGAGAGAUCUUCUCUUUGCUUCCCGUUCGUUCUCGACUACCUGUGUUGGACGCGCGCUGCGUGGUUUUCGCCAUUCAGGUUUCGAGGCGCGGAGCCUUUACGAAACUGUUAGUUGAAGAAAGAGCAUCGAGAGAGUUUAGAAACGUGUAGAAAUUAUUAAAAAAGAAAACUGUUUCUCACAGAUAUUAUCGUAAUUUCUAAAUGGAGCGAUAUCUAUGACAUCGUAUUGCAAAUAUUCUACGUUCAGCAGAAAAAGCAGCUUUGCAACUA